AGACGGGGACUUGGAAAUAGCCCUGCGCCAAAGACUUUACAGUGUUACCGUUUGAGUGUAGAAGAUGGGGGCAUACUAUAAAAGUAUCAAACCCUCCUAGUACAGGUUCCUUUCAAACGUCCAAGAUAUAAUUGAAUCCCCUCUAAACAAAUCUUGCUUAGUAUAACUCUACGAGGUACAACCAGCAUCCACAUGGCAGCCUCCAACCCAGACCUGGAGAUGGCGCACGUCCAGAGCGCCAGCCUCACCAACCUCUCCGUCAAAUCCUUUAGCUGGCAUAAUGUACAGGUAAAGGUCAAGGACCGCAAGUCCGGCAACCCGCUAGCCAUCUUGCAAGGUUCCAAUGGUAUAGUCAAGGCUGGCGAGAUGUUGGCCAUCAUGGGCCCCAGCGGCUCCGGUAAAACCACACUACUCAACGCCCUUGCGCAUCGCGUUGCGGCUGCCGGCGCUACCACUACGGGAGACAUUCGCGUCAGCAACCAGCCUGCAACCUUACAGUCGAUCCGCGCCUACUCCAGCUAUGUUGAGCAGGAGGAUGCCCUUAUUGGUAGCUUGACCGUCCGUGAAACCGUCAUGUUUGCCGCCCAAAUGUCUCUUCCAAGUCAUAUUUCGAAAAAGGAGAUCAAGCAGCGUGUGGACGACCUCAUUUCUAGUUUUGGCUUGCACAGCCAAGCAGAUACCAUUGUCGGUACACCCAUCAAAAAGGGCCUGAGCGGCGGCCAGAAGAAGCGUCUUGGCGUUGCGAGCCAUCUUGUAACGAACCCCAAGAUUCUAUUUCUCGACGAACCAACUAGUGGCCUCGACAGCGCCCUGUCACUUGAGGUCUGUAAUUACAUUAAAAAGAUUGGUCGGGAGCAUAAUCUCGUUAUUAUUGCUUCCAUCCACCAGCCAUCCUCCUCGACUUUUCAGCAAUUUGACAAACUGUGCCUUCUCUCAGGCGGUCGUACCUGCUAUUUCGGCCCAAUCUCUAGCGCUGUGUCCUACUUUUCGAACAUUGGCUAUGCUAUACCUCCCGAGACCAAUUCGGCCGAGUUCUUCUUGGAUCUCAUCAACACAGACCUGGAUAAAGAUGGCAGCAUUUUUAAGCGCACUGAAGAUAUUUGCUCAGCUUGGGCUACCUCUUCCAAUCAAGUGGAACUUUCGCAGCAAUUUGAGGGUAUCGAUGUUGAGGACAAAGACAGACACCUGGAACAGAAAGAUGGCCGCCCGAGCUCCUGGACAAUCCUCUCAGUUCUGCUGCGUCGGUCUUGGGUUAAGUCGUAUCGAGACAUUAUGGCAUAUGGCAUCCGCAUUGCUAUGUACCUCGGUUUAGCAAUUCUAAUGGGCACCGUGUUCUUGCGGCUCAAGACGGAACAGAGCUACAUCCAACCUUAUACCAACGCCAUCUUCUUUGGUGGAGCGUUCAUGUCUUUCAUGGCUGUUGCGUAUGUGCCCGCAUUCCUUGAAGAUCUGCACACAUUCAAGCAGGAGCGCGCUAAUGGCCUCGUUGGGCCGUUGUCAUUCAUGACGUCGAACUUUAUCAUUGGAUUGCCAUUUCUCUUCUUGAUUGCGCUUCUCUUCUCCGUUGUCGAAUAUUGGCUCUCCAAUUUCCGUCCAGAAGCCUCAGCUUUUUUUAAGUGGGUGCUAUGGUUGUUUUUGGAUCUUGUGGCUGCCGAGUCCUUGGUUGUCUUUGUGUCAUCCAUAUUCAACAUCUUUGUUGUCGCGUUGGCCGUUACAGCCUUUGCUAAUGGCCUUUGGAUGUGUGUAGAUGGAUUUUUGGUCCCUAUGGGUAUUCUCAACGUGUUUUGGAAGUAUGUCUUCCAUUACAUUGACUACCAGGCAUAUGUCUUUCAGGGUAUGAUGGUCAAUGAGUUUGAGCAACGCGAGUAUUCGUGUGCAACUUUGCCCAACGGCAAGUACCAGUGCCAGUACCCGAGUGAUAUCAAUGAUCGUGGUCUGAUUGCGGGCAAGGAUGUACUAAAGCAGUUUAGUAUUUCUACGGGACAGGAGGCCACCUGGAUUGGAAUUAUGAUUGGUAUAAUUGCGGGAUACAGGCUGUUGGCCUAUGUGGUGUUGGUUAUUCGUAAAUAAGCUCGAGCCCUCCUUCUUUUCCGUUUAGUAGAGUACAUAUAUCUUAUAGGCACUUGACAUAUUGCUUUUGUUAUCCUUUAUUAUGUCCUUUCUGAAUAAUAGGAAGCUAAUAAAGAAAUGUAGACUAUAAGCCGCUUAUCUCCCAACUCAGUUAGCCGCAAGUGUCCUCCCAAUUCUGUGCAUCCUCUCGAGAUUUAAGGGGCUUCUAGGAGCAUAACUCGGCGCUAAGUCAUCACCUGUUUCGCUACUUCUCCUUUCCGAAAUACGCCCCAUAAUCCCGGUUAACAACUCCUCACCCACGAGCCUCACUAAAAUCAAGAUAUUUUAAUGGCCAAU